AUGAGCUUAACAAAGCGGACACUCAAAGAUGAGGAGCUGACCGCAGCAAGUGAUGACAGCAGUUCCCUCAACAGCUCCAAGCCUGGGGAUGAAUGGCUACGCGUCCACGGGGAGAGGAACCCUUAUUAUGUCCAUGAUCUGAGUUGGACUCCAGAAGAAGAAAAACAGAUCGUACGCAUAUUUGAUUUCAAGAUUCUGUCAUGGAUUGGAGUCAUGUUUUUUUUUAUGCAGCUUGACAGAGGCAACAUGGCCAAUGCACUGACAGAUAACUUAAUGGAAGAUCUUAACAUGUCACUCAAUACUGUGACGCUCGGCUCAACAAUCUUCACUUGCUUCUUCUGUUUGUUUGAGAUUCCGUCGAACAUGGUGAUUCGGCGGGUAGGACCUCAGCGCUGGAUCCCGUUGCUGAUGUGUCUCUGGGGAUUUUCAACCGCGGCCCAGUUCUUCCUCAAGGAUCGGGUGACUUUCUUGAUUUGCCGAGCUCUCGUGGGCAUGUUUGAGGCUGGCUACAUCCCUGGGAUCGCGGUUUACCUCACAUCGUACUAUAAACGCGGUGAGAUGGCAACCCGACUGGCGAUUUUCUGGUCCACGUUAGCAGUGGCCAACUCCGUAUCGGGCGUCCUUGCAUAUGGGAUCCUGCAUAUGCGCGGAGUGGCAGGCCAAGCAGGAUGGCAGUGGUUAUUCUUAUUUGAGGGCCUUGUGACAGUGCUGGUCGGACUACUCUCCUUCUUUAUCUUACCUGAGGGACCCACGAGCACUAAGGGUGGAUUCCGUUUGAAUGGGUACCUGACAGACCGCCAAGAGCAGAUCGCGAUCACACGGCUGAUUCGUGAUGAUCCUACGAAGGCGGACACUAGUAAACGCGUGGUUAGUAAGAAGGAGCUGUUCAAAGCCUUUACAAGCCCUCGAAUUUGGCCUAAUAUCUUAAUUGGGUUCCUCGGACUCUUACCAUUCGCACCAUUGACGGUCCUAUCACCAUUGAUUGUGAAAAACUUGAACUUGGGGGUUCCGUCAUUGGUGUCGAACCUGCUGGUGAUCCCAGGGUACGUUAUUUCAUUGUCGAUCAUGACGUUUGUGAGCUGGAGUUCAGAUAAGCAUAAUGAACGUGCUUUCCAUGGAGCUUUGGCAUCAACAUACUAUGCACUCUGCAUCUUGGCUUUGGCGGCCCUGCCAGAAGAUGCUAAUAAAUUCAGUUUAUACUUUGCAUUAAUCUUUGCGAUGGGUGGCCAGACAUGCUGGCAUCCUCUGAACGCUGCAUGGAUUGCGGGAAACACUGCACCGGCCGGGAAGCGAUCGAUUGCAUUAGCACUAUAUAUUAUUUCUGUGAAUGCAUGUGAUAUGGUUUCUGUGAAUCUGUUCCGGGAUGAGGACGCACCACGGUUUAUUACAGCAUUCUGGAUUUUGUUCGGUGCACUGUUAGUGACGAUUGUGCUCUUUAUCUUCCAGCGAUAUCACUUGAUGUGGAUCAACAAGCGCAGAGAUGAAAAGACCAAGAACUGGACCGAGCAGGAUUGGAAGAAUUAUAAUGAGACUACCAAGGAUGAGGGUGACGACCAUCUUUCUUUCCGUUUUAGCUACUAG